AUGGCUCCCCCUCCAUUUCGUCCUGAAAAUGCCAUUAAGAGAGCAGAUGAACUUAUUUCUGUCGGCGAAAAGCAAGCUGCUUUACAAUCUUUACAUGAUUUCAUAACUGCUAGAAGAAUCCGCUGGGCCACACCUUCAACUGUUGAACCCGUUGUUUUCAAAUUCUUGGAAAUAGGCGUUGAAUUAAAGAAGGGUAAGCUACUUAAAGAUGGCCUGCACCAGUAUAAAAAAUUGAUCCAAGGCUCUACUGAAGGUUUAGUUUCCGUCGGUGCUGUUGCCCGUAAAUUCAUUGACUUAGUUGAAUCUAAAAUUGCUUCUGAACAAACUAGAGCUGACGAACUUCAAAAGCAAGAAAUCGAUGAUGAUUUGGAAGGUGGUGUCACUCCAGAAAAUUUGUUGAUUUCUGUUUACGAACCAGAUCAAUCUGUGGCUGGUUUCAAUGAUGAAGCUAUUACUUCAUGGUUAAGAUUUACUUGGGAAUCAUAUCGUGCUGUAUUAGAUCUAUUGAGAAACAACGCUUUGUUAGAAAUUACUUACUCUGGGGUUGUCAAGAAGACGAUGCAUUUUUGUUUAAAGUAUCAACGUAAAAAUGAAUUCAAGAGAUUGGCUGAAAUGCUACGUCAGCAUUUAGACGCCGCUAACUACCAGCAAAGUAAAUCAGGUAACAACUUAGUUGACUUGAGCGAUGCUGACACCUUGCAACGUUAUUUGGACCAACGUUUUCAACAAGUUGACGUUUCUGUCAAAUUGGAAUUGUGGCACGAGGCUUAUAGAUCUAUUGAGGAUGUUUUCCACUUGAUGAAGACAUCUAAACGUGCACCUAAGCCAUCAACUUUGGCCAACUAUUACGAAAACCUUGUUAAGGUCUUCUUUGUUUCCGGUGAUCCUUUGUUACACACCACAGCCUGGAAAAAGUUUUAUAAAUUAUACUCUACCAACCCAAAAGCAACAGAGGAAGAGUUCAAAACAUAUUCUUCUACAAUUUUCUUGUCCGCUAUUUCGACACAACUAGAUGAAAUCCCAUCUAUUGGCUACGAUCCUCAUCUACGUAUGUACCGUCUUCUCAACUUGGAAGCUAAACCAACUAGAAAGGAAAUGUUAGAAUCAAUUAUUGAAGACGAAUCCAUUUAUGCUAAAGUUGACGAGGAGUUGAAACAAUUGUACGAUAUCAUUGAAGUCAACUUCAAUAUCGACACAGUCAAACAACAUCUGGGAAAUUUGUUAGCCAAACUAUCUUCUAAACCUUAUUUCAGUCAAUACAUUACUCCACUAAGAGAUGUCAUUAUGAGAAGAAUUUUUGUUGCAGCCUCUCAAAAGUACACUACAGUGUCUCAGUCCGAACUAUAUGAGAUUGCCACCCUACCUGCCCCAUUAGGUCUCUCCGCUUGGGACAUCGAAAAAGCUUUAUUACAAGCCGCUGUUGAGGAUUAUGUUUCAAUUUCCAUUGAUCAUGAAUCUGCUAAAGUUAUAUUUGCCAAAGAUCCAUUCGACAUUUUCGCAUCAACUGCUCCUAAAGAGAUCCUUGAAGAUGAGAACGCGGAAUCAGAAGUUCAGGAAGAAAAGGAAGAAAAUGAUGAAAGCCUUGAGCCACAGGAAACUGAAGAUGGCGAAGAAAAGGAAGAAGAAUCAGAUCCUGUCAUUAUCCGUAAUUCUUAUAUCCACAACAAGUUGCUUGAAUUGUCUAAUGUUUUACACGAUGUUGACAGUUUCAACAAUGCUUCGUAUAUGGAAAAGGUUAAAAUUGCACGCGAAACUUUAAUCAAAAAGAACAAAGAUGACCUUGAAAAGAUUUCUAAGAUUGUUGACGAACGUGUCAAGAGAUCCCAAGAACAAAAACAAAAACAUAUGGAACAUGCUGCUCUGCAUGCUGAACAGGAUGCUGAAGUCAGACAACAACGUAUUUUGGAAGAAAAAGCUGCUAUUGAGGCCAAGUUAGAAGAAGAAGCUCACCGUCGUUUGAUUGAAAAGAAGAAACGUGAAUUCGAAACUAUUAAAGAAAGAGAAAUCACAAAGAUGAUUACUGAAGUUAAUGCUAAAGGUCACGUUUACAUUGAUCCAAACGAGGCCAAAAGCUUGGAUCUUGACACCAUCAAACAGGUCAUCAUAGCUGAAGUGUCUAAGAACAAGAGCGAAUUAGAAAAUCGUAUGGAGUAUGCUAUGAAGAGAUUAGACCAUACCGAAAGAGCAUUGAGAAAAGUCGAAUUGCCCUUAUUACAAAAGGAAGUUGACAAGUUACAAGAAACGGACACUGCAAAUUAUGAAGCUAUGAAAAAGAAAAUCGUUGACGCCGCCAAGGCCGAAUACGAAGCAAGAAUGGCUGAUCACAGGAACUUAUCCAUGGUUUAUGAUGAUUACCUAAAGUUCAAGGAGCAUGUCUCGGGCACUAAGGAAAGCGAAUUAGUCGCUAUUCGUAACCAAAAGAAGGUUGAAUUGGAAGCUGCCAAAAAAGCCAGAAUCGAGGAGGUUCGUAAAUACCGUUACGAGGAGGCUGUUGCAAGACGUAGACAAGAAGUUGCUGAUGCUGAAAAACAAAAGCGCGCUCAAGAACUUGCAGAGGCUACUCGUAAACAAAGAGAAAUGGAGGAAGCCGCUGCCAAAAAGACAACUGCAUACUCAUUCCGUGCAGGAAACAGAGAACCCCCAAGUACACCAAGUACUUUGCCAAAGGCCACCGUUUCUCCAGAUAAAGCUAAGUUAGAUAUGAUUGCUCAAAAGCAAAGAGAAAUGGAAGAAGCAAUUGAACAAAGAUUGGCUGGUAGAGCAGCUGGUGGAUCUACACCAGCUACACCAGCUACACCAGCUACACCAGCUACACCAGCUCCUUCAUCUAGUCCUAAGAAAAUGACCAUGGCUGAAAAGUUGAGAGCUAAAAGAUUGGCCAAAGAGGGUAGGUAA